AUGGACCUCGACACAGAUGUCCUCAUCAUUGGGGCUGGCAUGUCCGGCCUUGGCUUCGCCGUGCAGCUCGUCAAGACACAUGGACACCGAAGCUUUGAAAUCGUCGAAAAGGAAGAGCAUAUUGGAGGAACCUGGUGGGUGAACUCGUACCCGGGAUGCGGCGUCGAUGUGGUUGCGCAUUAUUAUUCCUACUCAUUUUGCAUGAACCCUAACUGGUCGCGAAUGUAUCCUCUGCAGCCUGAAAUUCUUGCCUACUUUGAAAACCUCGCGGCAAAAUACGGCAUUGAGAAGCACAUUCAAUUCGAAACAAAGGUAGAAUCUGCAUAUUGGCAAGAAGAUUCCGGGACCUGGUUGGUCAAUCUUAAGAAUUUAAAAACAUCAGAGACGUAUCAACGCCGAUGCAAGAUUCUCAUCUCGGCUGUUGGGAUUCUCUCUGAGCCCAAUGAAUGCGACAUCAAGGGCUACGAGUCUUUCCAGGGCGCCUUGUUCCACAGCACACAAUGGGACCACUCCUUCGACUAUCAGGGUAAACAGGUCAUUGUAAUAGGCAACGGCUGCAGCGCCAGUCAGAUUGUCCCAGCCAUCACGCAAGGCGACGGGGCAGUGAAAAAAGUUACCCAGUUCGCCCGCCAAGCGCAAUGGGUCUUUGAGCGCACAAACCCCGAAUACACGGACAACUUCAGGCUCAUCAUGCGCUGGGUUCCCUUUGCCAUGCGUGCCUACCGCGCCAUGCACAACUACUACGCCGAGAUGGACUUUAAGAGCUUCCCUACCGAGGCUGGCGCGGCGCUUCGCAAGAUGUAUGCUGACUACCAGGGCGCAUACAUCAAAAGAGCGUCGCCUGAAAAGUACCAUGACUUUCUCGUCCCCAAGUCCGAGGUCGGCUGCAAACGCCGCGUCAUGGACUCUGAUUAUCUCCAGAGUCUCGGGCGCGACAAUGUAGAGCUCGUGUACAGCGACCCCAUCGAGGAAAUCCUCCCACAGGGCGUGCGCACAAAGUCUGGGCGCAUCGUCGAGGCAGAUGCGAUUGUCCUUGCUAACGGAUUUCAAGUUCAGAAGCCGCUCCUGACACUGAACCUGCAUGGACAGGGCGGCGUCAGCGUCGCUGACCAUUUCCCCAACUACUUCAUCAUGAUGGGCCCCAACACCGCGAGUGGCCACGGCUCCGUGUCGUACAUUACCGAGUGCCAGAUAAAUUACACCAUGCGCGUCAUCAAGCCAAUCCUCAAAGCUCUCAGGGCCCAACGUUCCAGCGUGCCGGUACUGUCAUUUCUGCAACAGUCCACCGAUGUUGCCAGAGUGAAACCGGGCGCCGAGCAGCGGGAUCUAGACGAUGUGCAAGCGAGGGCCAAGGACAUGGUCCGGGCUUCUGGGUGCACCUCGUGGGCCUUGGACGAGAAAUCCAAGAGAAACACGACCAUGUACCCCGACUUUCAGUACAAGUAUUGGCUGAGGAGUAUAUUAGUGGCCUGGAAUGACCUGCACUUUUCCACCUCGCCGGUGCUGGCCGAGUCCCUGGCGAGCAAAUCUAUCAGUAUCGGAACAUGGGUCGCGCUCUUGGCGGGCGUCUCUGUCGCUACGACCAUCUUGUAUGAGAAAGGGGCACUUAAGAGUUGA